AUGAGCCAACAGGCUGAUUCUUCGCAGCUUGCGAACUGUGACCAUAUUCCUGUUAUCGAUCUAUCGAACAUAGACAGCGCAUCUCUUGAGGAGCGUCAGAAGCUUGCUCAGACAAUUUUCGAUGCUUGCUCGCAGGUUGGGUUUUUCUAUAUCAAGAAUCACGGAAUUCCAGAGGAGCUGGUGAAUGGGAUCCACAAUGCGGCAGCACUUUUCUUCGACCUUCCCGAGGAGGAGAAGAUGAAAUCCUAUAUUGGAAAUUCCCAGAAAUUCCGCGGAUACAGCCCGAUAGGCGGCGAAAAGUCCACGGGCACUGAAGAUGAUCCUAUUCCAGAGGAGGAAGCGGUGGGCGUGCUCUCAGAGGCAUUUGACAUCGGUUACGAAGUUGCUAUGGACUCUAGCAAGCCCAAAGAUGCUACCCUUCCUCCAGAUCCCUAUGAACUCUACGGAGACAACCAGUGGCCAGACGAGGAGACAAUUGCCGGAUUCUCGGAGACAUACGUUCAAUACUGCAUUUCAGCUCUGGAUCUUUGCCGCAAGAUGAUGAAGAUAUUUGCUCUUGCACUUGGGUUACCGGAAACGUACUUUGAUUCUAGCAUCCGGACUCCAGGAGUGACCUCAAGAAUGAUGCAUUACCCCGCCCAGCCGGUACCAGGGGAAGUACAAGAAGGUCUUGGAGCGCACACGGAUUGGGAAUGCUUUACAAUCCUUUCUCAAGGCAAAGUCCCUGGUCUAGAAAUACUUAACCAUAAGGGUGACUGGAUUCUGGCACCUCCUAUCCCAGGAACACUAGUUGUCAAUAUUGCGGACUGCUUGUCUACUUGGACAAACAAAACUUUCAAGUCGACCAUCCACCGUGUCAACAAUCUGUCGGGGGAAGAACGAUAUUCGAUCCCUUUCUUCUUUGGCGUUGACUACGAUGCUACGGUCUCCGUUUUGGAGAAAUAUACAUCGAGCGAUAAUCCUCCUUGUAGAUCCCCAUUCAAAGCUGGUGAUUGGGUUCGUGAGAAGCUUUCAAGGGCAUACGUGGGCUAUGAAGGCUAG